AUGCGGUUAGCCAUAACGCUGCUUGCUGCCAUUUUUGGAUAUUCGACGGCCACCCAGAAGGUUCGCCGAGAAAUCGACGCUGGUGAUGAUUACUCGGAUUUCGCUAAUGAACCAGUGAAGAAUGGAGGCGCGAAUCAUAAUCUGAAGCAGGUCACGUAUUCCACAAUCCAGCCGAAAUUCGAUAUUCCAACAAGGCCGCCUACACUGAGCCCGAAACGAAUUGAAACAGCAACACUCGCUCCAAGGAAUCCGGCGACAACAACCCCAUAUAAUUAUCGCCGCGGUUAUUAUUUCCAGCAUUAUCCAUGGGAUCAGCUUCCACGUCAGUACCUUCUCCGCCCGGGAAUGACCUAUGUCUACCCACCACAAUACCAGUUCGCUAGCUAUAGAUACCCAUAUCUUCCAUACUCCGAUCCUUACAACAUCUACCGUUCAAAUCCAGCGAUCGGAGGCGGCUGUGGUGGAGGCGGCGGCUGCGGCGGAGGAAGCUAUGGCGGCGGUUGCGGAGGCGGAGGCUGCGGUGGCGGAGGUGGAGGCGGAUUCUCCACAGAUUUUGAAGAAUCUUAUGAAGACAGCGAGGAGGAUGAGGAUAACAAGAGCGGAGAAGCCAAAAUUAACAAGAAAGAUCCUCUUGAGGAUUUGGAGCUAGAGGACCUUGAAAAACUGUCAAAGUCCUCUACAGACGAGAUUGGUGAGGAGGUGAAGGAGUCUAGCAGUUCCUCCAGCUCCUCUAGUUCAACCCACUUGAAAGAGGAUGCGGAUGAUACUGACCUGAUAGAUGAUCGAAAGAAGAAAUUCCUCAUCAAAUGGGCUUAG